GGCAUUCCUGGUUUAAUAACUGCAUUCUGGGCCGAGCCAGUAUCUGUUGGGUUCAAACUUUCAAACGGAGUGGACGACAACUUCCCGUUCUCGUUCUUAGUUGAAGACGCUCUAUUGGUCCACGAUUAUCUCGCGAUACUAGCGUGACCAAUCACAGCGCAGCAACCCAAAGUUGAAUCGAAUGUUUUUAUUCUUGGUCAAGCGACAUAUUUUGCUCUUCAGUUGUGCUGUUUGGAUGGACUGUCUCCUCGUGUUGUAGCUUACCACACAGUUUAGAGAAAGAACUCUCCAUUGAUUCAGCGUUACAAUGGACGCUUCUAGACGAAACCACAACUAUAAGGGUAACAAGGAAAAUGCUCAGCCUGCAUAUGGAAGCAAGUCCUUAAUCAGAAGAGACAAAACGUCCUCUAAUCCUUUACAACUGACGAACAAUAAAAAUGAGGACACCAAGCCAAGAAUUGUUCCUCUUAAAGUAAAGGAGGACCAAAGAUCGACAUCUGGUGAGGCUCUGAAAAGGGUAAAGACUGUGCAGAAAGAGGGGAAGGGAGCUGCUGCUGCUGCUUCUGAUGUCAAACUACGUCAAACACACAGCCGGGCCUUCCUCACCGAGCAGAUUGUGAAACACAAAAAAAUUGUUGCAGAAGCUCCAAAGCAACCAGCCGCUGUGCCGUCAUCUAAAUCUGCUCUCGGCAUGUACAAAGGCAAGAUUGUCCAGUCAAAAAUUGGAUCCAUUUGGAAGUCAACUACCAGCUUGGACAGGGCGGACCCCAAACCAUCAGCAGCCAAAACAGGGGGUCAAAGGGUCGGAAAUGUGACAAAAAGCAGAUCCGAAUCGGUUGCUGACCUGCCUGGAUACAGAGCACAAAAAUCUGUGCAGACAAGGUCCAAGUCAGUGAUGGAUAGACCCGCUCAGGUGACCAAGCCUGCUGUCGCCAGCCGUCCUGCUGGAUUCCACUCCGCUCGCCCUCCUGCCAGAACCGUCCCGACAACACUAGUUAGUACCAGCUCCAGAAACACCAAAGUGGCUCCCAGCAAGGGAAGUGGGACUCAAGGGCCAAAGAUUCCAGUGACAAACAAGAAUGUCAACAAACCUGCUGUCUCAAGUUCCCUCAGUCAGUACAGGUUUACCAUGGAGACCGCAGAGGAAAGAAGGGCGAAACUCGCCGGGUGGCUAGCCUCCAAGGGCAAGACCUUCAAGAGACCAGCCAUGACGACUGCAGAACCCUGUAAAACCAGAAUCUCUGCAAAACCUGAAGCAGAUCUCAAGCCACAGCCUCAGCCAGCUGCACUGUGCGAACCCAAACCUAGAAUGGAAGCCAAGAAGCCAGACUCUGAGGGAGCAGUGUUAAAAACGCACAGCCAAACUCCGGUGAUCAUGAACACCACUCUGGACCUGCUCGAAAACUCUGAUGUGGAUCCACAGGACAGUGUGGAUGAUAUUGUUAUAAACCUGUGUGAUGUUUUGGAAGCCAUGGCGACACCUUCUAGAUGUGAUGAGCUUUCACAGGUGACAGAUGUGCGAAGUGAUGUCGAAAUGGAGGACAACAAACCACAGUAUGAAUGUAUAAAAAUGGAGGAGAAGAAAGAGAUGCCUGAGGAUGUUGAGCAAGUGAAGGAGGGAGUUGAAGAAAGUGAUGAAUCGGAUGAGGAAGGAGAAAGUGACGAUGAGUGUGUGACGGAGACCACGUCACAGAUGGAGGAUGCUUCAGUAAUAAAGUACAGUGUGAAGACUACUCCGUACCUGCAAAGUGUCAAGAAGACAAUUCAAGAGGAGGCCAGCACGAGCAGGUCAAGGAGAAAGAGCAACAUCAAAGAUCUGAAGUUUCUUACACCGGUCCGCCGUUCCUGCCGCAUCGAGCGGAACUCGUCCCGCCUGCCGUCGAUGCUGGUGGAUCAGGAUCCCUGCGUGUCGUCGCUGGCCGAGCUGCUGAAACUGGAUGAUAAUCCCAACGCCUACAUCUACAGAAAAAACCAUGCACUUCUGGAAGAUAUGUCAGACCAGACCAGACCAGACGCUCUGUAAAUGUAACGUUCAAAAAAAAAAAAAGCUAAUGGACACUUUAUACUGUACCUUUUUUAAAUGGUUUUAUUAAUAAUCAAAAUAAAUAUAUAGUGCUAUUUUAUCAUUUUGGGAGGGAAACAUUAUUCCCGUCUAGUUAUUCUUUUGUCCUGAAUGUAUAAGACUAUCCCCUAACACUAUUGUUCAUUUUAAUAUAAGUUGCCAUGUAUUGCCAAAUGCACUGCAAUAAAAGACUAUUGCCUUAUCUUAAA